AUGUUUUGUUUGCGACAGGGAAAUAAAAUACCCCUGAAGCAAGGGUUUUUAUCGAUGCGGAACAUCCAAAUGUCCUCGCAGAAUAGUGCGGCGGAGGGUGGACACAGCGGGUCGAUCCAUUCAGACUCCAUUGGAGAGGUUCACAACAUCCCACUACAGGUUGUCAUCAGACCGUUUCCUCCGGAGCUGGACGAGCAGAAAGUCAGAAGUCUGAUGGACACUAUUAAGCAUACAAGUGACAGCACUGUUGUCCCUCCCAUUGAUGUGCUGUGGAUCAGAGGCAGAGAGGGGGGGAACUACUACUACUCCUUUGGAGGCUGUCACAGGUUUGCAGCAUAUCAGAGGUUGAACAUGCCGCUCAUUCCAGCCAAGAUCAUCAGAUCCAGCGUUUCGGACCUCAGAACCUACUUGGGAGCAUCAACGCCUGAUUUGCGUUGA